AUGUCGUCUUUUGCCGCUCGACCCAACUCGACAAACCCGCGCCCAGGCAGUACUAGCUUCCUAAGGGCACCCAGAGGGAGCAAUCCCCUUCCGCCACUGAGGUCAGCCACCACAGGCGGCCAUGCACGUACUCCGAGUGGCUACAGCCCACGCCCCCGGGCGUCGUCAUCAUCCUCGUCUGGCGUCAACGGUGCCACGAAGACACAGGUCAACCAGACUUUCGCGAUCAACAUGAUGGCCAGCCCGGUCAACCCCCUGCCCUUUCCACUGCCCAUACCCAUCGGCAUCGCCAUGCUCCUCAGUCCCUCAGGCAACAAUACCUCGAAUCAUUCACCUCCGAGGCGGUAG